ACUAUGUCUUUACCUAAAUUUCAAGAUGCGUUCUCUCUCCAUCUCUCUCUAUCUCUCUCUCUGAUUUUUGUUACUCUCUAGAAGAUGAUUUUGGUGCCUCCAAGUGGCAGCCUGUCGUGCCUUGACGACCUUUUUUUGGUCUAGUGCUUGACUUGGUGCCCUACAGGAUCUUAAAUGGUAAAACUCUCUUCUUAUGUGUUAUGUCCUCGAAGUCCUCAUUUUAUUUUCUUUAGUUUCUAGUUUGUUUGUAAAUAGGUAACAUUUUUUUAGGAGGUAAAUAGGCGACAUUUGGUGAAGAAGAAAUGAGCAACAUUGUAAAGUAUUUAAGAAAAAAUGAUCAACAAAUAUUGACAUAUUAGCGAGAGUUUAUAGUUAAAAUAGUUAAGAAUAUUUAUUCUUGUACAUAAAAGUUUGCUCAGCUUAGUAUUGUGUGUAAGAGUUUUUUUUGUUUUUUUUUUUGGGUACAAUUAGAGAUAAUGUAGGAGGGAUGAUUUGAAUAUAAAAACUCAAGUAUCAUGAUUAACACUCUAAAACACUUAAACUACAUACCCAAUUUAUUAACGUGCAUAAGAUGAAGAAUCAUAAUCUUUUAGUUGUGAAAUUCAGAAAAGGGUAUAAAUGGAAAAGUAAAUAAGUCUCUUGUGACACAUAUUUUCCCUACAUUAAACUUAAAAUAUGUGUCUCAUAGGAUAACAAACAGAAAAGGACGUAGAGAAGCUCCUAAACAACCAAUUUGUUCAUAGAAAACUCAGAAACCCCUAAAAUAUAUAAGUCCCGCUCCCACAACCAAACAAGGAGAUGCAGACGAGCUCCCCGCAACCAUUCAGAGCUAGCUAAUACAAGAGUGCCUCCCCUUCUUCCAUUUCCUUAAAUCAAACCCUAGCUUAAAUCCAACACUAGCUUUCUCUCUCCUUAAUUAAUUUGCAUGCAAAGUAAUUUCAAUGGAGUUUCAGUUCCAACAGCCGAAGCAAGUUUCUUUUGCAGCUGCAUGCAUUCCAAAAAGCAGCAGCAAAGUAGGGAAGUGGAAGGGAAGAAAUAAUAAUCGUAGAAGCAACAACAAAGCAAGCAAGUUUGUUGGCGUGAGACAGAGGCCUUCGGGAAGAUGGGUUGCCGAGAUCAAAGACACUACUCAAAAAAUAAGGAUGUGGCUCGGAACCUUUGAGACCGCGGAGGAGGCUGCCCGUUCUUAUGAUGAAGCUGCCUGCCUUCUUCGCGGUUCAAACGCUCGAACCAACUUCAUCACCCACGUAUCUUUGGACUCCCCUCUCGCUUCUCGCAUUCGGAAUUUACUCAACACGAAAAAAGGAGGAGGAGGAGCCACUAAACAACUAGCACUACUACAUCACCAAAGCAGUAGUACUAGCACUACUACUAGUGCUAGUUCUGAUCAUGAUCAUCUGCCGCCUCCGUCUAAACAACUAGUACGGAAAAGUAGUACUUGUACUUCAACUAGCAGCGGCAGCGACACAACUUCCCUUUCGAGCGAGGUGUUUCAAGAUAAUUCUCUACUGUUUGACAAUGUCUACAAACCGGAUUUGAGAAACUGCAAUGAGGACUUUGAGUUGAGUUCUUCCUCCAAUACUUCUCAAUCCGACCUUCCUUCAUGGGUGUCAUAUCAAACGGGGGUUGACUGCUUCUCGUUUGCUCAACAAGCGUUUGAGUUUCCGAAACAUCAGGCGGCUGCUGCUUUGUCCUCUGCGGAGAGUAAUACGACUACUACUAGUACUAUUAGUACGGCAGGUGAGGCUGAUUCGGGGCUGACGGAUUUCGAAAGGUUGAAAGUGGAGAGACAGAUAUCGGCUUCGCUUUAUGCAAUGAAUGGGAUGCAAGAGUAUAUGGAAACAGUUCAUGAUCCUAACGAGGCGCUCUGGGAUCUUCCGCCGUUGUGUUCUUUGUUCUGCUAAUUAAUUAGGAUCAGUUGAAGUGAAGGUUUUGUUGUUGGUGGCCAUGCACGGAAGUUGGAUCUCCCUCUCUUCAAUUAUUCUUGCAAUUGUCAACUGAGAAACUGUUAGAGAUUAAGAUGAUCAGAAAUUUAUUUGUAUUUCCUAGCUCCCUCAACAAAUGUAAUUGAUAUCUUGUUUGUUAUAAAGUAAGCAUCCCUAAUUUCUCUACAGCUCAAAACAAGAAACUCCGAGGAGAUGUACGUUACGACGAAAUUGUGGGCAAUUUCACCUUCAUCCAUGCGGAGUAAUUGUGGUAGAAUUAAAGGUUACCGAAAUUGUGGUCCAAACCAGUUCAGCAAAGCGA